AUGCACCUCUCCCUUCUCCUCACCCUCCCCCUCCUCGCCGCCGCCACCACCACCAGCGGCAGCGAGACCACCCCCAAGAACCCGCGCGGCAUCACCGACAAGAUCAAGGGCGCCUUCGGCGACGCCCCGGCCAUGGCGCGCGAGCUGUCCGACUGCAUGGCGCUGUGCGUGGAGUUUGGCAUUUACGAUCUGGACAUGGACAAGUGCAGUCUCGACAACGGCGCCGCGGGGGUCAUGGACUGCUGGUGCCAAGACGGCGACGGCGACGGCGGCGAGGGCGCCGUCGGCCAGGCGCUGGAGAACGGCGUGCGCGAGUGUUUUGAGACGAUCAAAGAGGGCGGGCGGAGGGCCGCGAUGGGCUGCACGCUGGAGGGGUAUGAGGAGGGCAAGAUGCUGGGGAUUUGUGGCGCGCUGGAGGGGGAGAGUGGCGAGAAGAAGAAUGAGACGGGCCAGGCGAUUGGGGAGAGGCUUAGGGGGGUCCAUGCGAAGGAGGAGGAGCGUGAAAACGGUGGGGGGCGGAAGGGGGCGGUUUCGGGUGGGAAUGGGACGGGUGAGGGACAGGGUAGUGGUGCGGCUGCUGCUGCUGGGCCGGGUAUGACGGCUAGGGUUGCGGGUGCGGCGUUUGCGGCAGCGGUUGCGUAUGCUGUUGCUAUGCUCUGA